AUGCCCGCUCCCAGCCGCCAGUCUUUGCGCGCUCUGUCGCUGCUACGCUUUGACGCCGUGGUGUCGGAAGCGGCGCAAAACUUUACAAGUCUGGUUCAAGGGCUCCUUGGACACUCAAUAGGCUGGCUGGCUCUGUUGGACAGAUCAAUCACAUGGAAUGGGCGCCCCCCUUGUUUUCCCCUUGUCAACCUCCUUUCAGACCUUCCUACUGCAUCGCACUUGUCUCACUUCGAACCUGACCAUCCUAAAUCGAGUGACGUGUCGAAUGCCCUUACUCUCCCUCUCCGCCAUUCUGACGUCGUCGCAAGCUUCAGCCUGCUGCGCAAACGUCCAAACCCGUUUGAAGCAGAGCUAGAAGUAGGCAAUAUGCAUCUCUCUCGCCAUCGAGUCUUGUUUCACGUCGCCUGCAAGAUGCCUCGCACAGAUCCGAACACCGAGCGCCUGGGCCCGGAUACGAGAAAUGAUGUGAAGCAAUACGAGAUGAUGUACACGGCUCAUCGUACUCUGCUCAUCGAGAUUUGCAGCUACGCCAGAUUGGGCCGACGGCGAGAUCCUGGAAAACAAUGUUUGGGGGGGUGUGAGCACGCAAGCUUUGCCCAAAGCUUACGUGGUGCACUUCGCUCAGGGGAAGAUGACGGGAAACCUUGGAACGCAGUCUGA